AUGGCCCUCACCUUGGCCCGGCUCUCGCGGCGCUCGUUGCGCCUGGUGCUCUGCGGCUGCCCCCACGGCAGCCGCGAAGGCGCCGCAGCCUUGGGCGCGGUGCUGCAGGAUGUCCAACCCAGCGCUGUGUUCCUGGAGAUCGACCGGGAAGACCUCUUCCGCAUGCGGCCACUGAAGGUCGCGGAAGAGCCCGCGCAGGGCAAUUCACCCAGGGCCUCGUUGGAGCCCGCUCUGGCCGAAACCUUCCCGGAGUACGCGGAGGCCAUCAGGUGGGCCACGGCGCGGCGCUUGCCUCUGGUGGCGUUGGACCGGCCCCAGCGCACCACGCGCCGGCGCCUGGCGCAGCAGCUGCUGCUGCAGCCCCUGCAGCUCCUCGCGGCCAGGAGAUACUGGGGAGCCGUUCCGGAGACGGCAUCUGCAGCGGCGUGGCGAGCGAGCCUGAAGAGGCAUUGCCCUGUGUUGCACGAUGUCAUGCUGGAAGAGAGGGAUGAGUUCAUGACCUACCGCAUCUUGCUGGCCUUGGAGCGUCUGGCUCCGAGCCGCCGCACCCCCGAGCUCCACGGCCUUCAAAGCGCGCCGCAGCUGCUGGGAAGGCGUGCGGCGCGGGACGUGGCGCGCGUGAACGCGGCGCUGGCGCGGAGCUUGAGGGAGGAGAGCUGCACACCGCAGCCUUCAGGACCUCACCGAGCUGUGCUGGUGCUGUGCGGCCCCGCGCAUGUCUGGGGCCUCCACCGCCGCCUGGCGCGGUUCUUGGACGGCGCUUGGCGCAGCCGCCGGCUGCUGGCGGAGAACGCGGCGCUGCUGCCGCGCCUCGGCGCGCUGUGCGCAGGCGGAGGUGAGGAGGAGGAGAGGCCGGACAGCCCGGCUUUAGAGGACGAGGUGCAAGCAGUGAGGCUUGGGCCUGUGACCACAAUGACUUCCAUGGUGUGGGAGGCUUUGGCUUCCAAAGAGCAGCCAGAGCAGCCAGAGCCGGGACCAGUUGGGCCGCUCUUCGUUCAUGAGCGCUUGCGGGAUUUGUCUCAGACGCCGCCGCCCGUUUGGCCGGUGUUCGUCUUGGUCUAUGUGGCCUGUCCGCUGCUCGUCUUUGUGAUCAUUCCCGCACAGAUCCAUCUCCAGUGGCUGCGCAUGGGCCCCAAAGUUGAGUGCGUGGAUCACCCCGGGACCUGCCGCUUUGCGAGUAUCAUACAUGCCAGCAAGACAAGGCUUCGAACAAAAAUCCGAAUUGUCCAAGACCAAGAGGCGUAG